UAAAAACAAUGAAAGCCUCAAAAAUGCGACCUAUUCUUUGAGAGGUCAGCAAGUUUAUGAAAACAAGACAGUUGUGACAAUCUUGUGAAAAACACUUUGCAACCGAGCAAGCCAGAGGCUGAAAGUUAAGGGAUUCAACAGGAAGAGGUUUUCCGCAUUUUGAAUGAGCCACUUCAGCAGAUGUCAUGGCGUGUUUUCACGGUCGUCAAAAUUUGCCAUUUCUUAGCUGAAGGGCACAGUACACUUUGGAGCGAUUAGUAUACUCGCGUUUGUUGUUACGAAUCCAUCAAAUUUAUCAAAACUGCCGUCUUGAAACAUCUCGUUGAAACAUGGCUGUUUUAACAGAGGAUGCCUUGGUCGGUAAGUUUAUGCUUAAUUUAAGUGCCCUUUUGUGAGUUUUUGGCAGUAAUCGGGUGGUUUAAUACGCUGAAAACCCUCCGAGAACAUGGCUUUUUAUUUGGUGUUAACAGGUUUAGCCCAGACUAGUUAAACUAACUCGUAUUUCAAAUACGAUUCUUAACAUGUGAGUUCAUAAUGCGCGCGUAUUCUUGGAUCUCUAUCAAGCUAUCCUGCUGUUUUUUAGACAACUACUAAAUAAGCGUUGGUCUGUCUAUAAUAUAAUUUAGCGCUUUCGCUUUCAUAAUGUUUUUAAUAUACCACAUAAAUAUAAACCCGGUGAAGCGAAGCGAGGUGCUUAAUUCACUUUAAAUAUUUGUAAAUGAAACAAUCUGUUUCCAAAAGACAGUCUUUCUGAAGUUUUCCGUGAAUGAAUUGUCGCACUAGACUUUGAUCAGUUCUGAACUCCCAUGCAAUUUUGUCAGUCUGUUUACUCACUUGUCAUAUCUAGUGAAUCAGCAGUGAAUUUGACAGGGAAAUUUAAUGAUCGCGCGCGGAGCUCUCGAUCAUGCAUCGCAUCGCACUUACACGGUUGAGAAAUGUUUCUCAAACCACGUUUUAAAAUCUUUUAUUUGUAGCUGAAAAACGCAGUCGGUGGCGCGCCGAUAUGAAAAUAAAACCAAGUUUAAUCUAUUCCCAAACCACCCAUUAAGUUGCGGUUGUAGAAUUUCCUUUGACACAAACCAUACAUUGUUCUUUUUCAUGCCUCGAAAACGUAUUUGCAUAUCAUUUUAACUAAAUACUUAGCCUUCUGAAACAGAUGUUUCGUUAUUUGCUUUCUAAGAAUGGGGUUUUUCUAAGGGUUCAAAGGCUGAAUCAGUGUCAACUACACAUCUUGGAAGAUUACCAAACUGCCUACAUUUAUUCAUGGGUUCUUUCAAAUAGCUUUCAGAAGGGCCCUCUAGUUUUGUACGGGCAGGUGUAAAUUUGAGGCGAUUUUCCCAAGAAUGGCAAUUUAAUUAGCGCCCUUAGGGCUGAAAAUAUAGGUUUGUGUUAGAUAUACAGAAUAGAUCAAUAUUUGAUUCAAACAUAAACCAAACCGUUUCUUUUUACAUCUCAUUAGAAUUAAGAGAAUAAUACUGUACUUAGUGAAAAUCUUUCAGCUAAAAACUUCUAUAAUUCUAUAAACAUGUUUCUUAAACGUUUUGAAAUGACAAUGUUAAACUUUUCUUUCAAAUGCCCUUGAUAUUAAAUUUGGUACUUGAUUAGUUGAGAUCUCUUCCCCUCUAACCUUAAAAAAACGUGGUCACUAAAUAAUAAUAUAUAAACAUAAUGACUUAUUAUUAUUAUUAUUAUUAUUAUUUAAACCCAAUAAGAUUUCACCUUUGCAAAUAGUUAAAGUACCAUAAUUUUAGCUAAAACAUCAGGCAAUUGCGUUAUGUGAUUAUAAGUUUUAACUAAACAACUAUCAAUAAAAAAAUAGGAGAAUUACAUAUUUAUUAAUUCAAGUUGUAGAAUGAUGUAUACUUUACUUUAAGAUCUAGUUUGUAUGCAGCCAGGUUUGAGAGUACCACUGGUUACAAAGCUUCAAAAAAAUUUAAUGCUAAGAAUAAUUAUUAUUGCAUAGCUCUUAAAAUAUGAAGGUGUGAAUUGGAUUUUCUGCUAUUUGCUUAAAACCUCUUAACCUUUUAAUACCCACUUUGAAAAAUCAUACAGGUAAAAUUUUUUCCUAGUGAUAGUAAGCCUUAGAUGUUAAAUCUUGUAUUGGUUGUUGAAAAAAGUUGUUUUUCUCCAUGUGUGGUUCUAAAAAUAUCCAUUCCCAUUUCACCCGGCCACUAACAUAUGUCACACUUAUCUUAAUUUAUUCAAGAUAUGCACAUGCAUAUAUACACUCAGUUCCCUCCUGGGUAUUAGGGACUUAAAGAUUAAAUGAUGUGAUGGCAAAGAGAACGUCUAAAAGAAUAAUUAGGUUUAAUAAGCAAAAAAGCAACUUUGUACGUGCAGCACACUUUUUUGUAUAUUUCUUUGCUGGUUUUGCACGACUAAUGAUGUGAAAAUGCCUAGUUUUGUGUUCUAUGGAGAAGGUAAACAAGCAACAACAAAAUUUUGUUUCGCUUUCUGAACUUGAAUAUGGUCCCUUGGAAUUCAAAUUCAGGAGGGUUCGCUUACAUUCGACAAAGUAUGUAAGUAGGAAUAAUGGGGAUAAAGACUGGAAGAAUGCAAAUUCACUUUUUGAGCAACAUUCUCAUUACUGUUGCGUCGUUGGAUCUUUAAUUCCCUCUUUGACCUUUAACAGUCCCCUCCCUCCAUAAAAUAUAUUUAAAAGUACUCCACCCUUGUCUGUGUCCCUAGGAGCAGUUUGAGUUUAAUGUCAUAUUGUAAUUUAAUAGCUUUCUGGAGGAACGAGGACACAAAAGUAAAUACGGUCAACUCUCAGCUCUAAAGGGAACACCUUGAAUUUGGGACCAUGCAGCACUAAGUGUGACUGUCUUAGAGAGAUGUUUGUUUUAUACAGUGGAACCUAUAUCUAUUCAAGGCAGACCUCUGUUCAGGGGACACCUUAGCACUCAAAAAGUGACUGACCACAAAAUGGUUGAUAAGUUCAGGGGCGGAUCCAGGGGAGGGGCCUGGGGGGGCGGGGCGGGGCCACCCCUUAUUUUUAGACCAAACUGAGGCCUGAAGGGUGGAAAAAAUUUUUUUGCGACUGAGCCCUCCCCCUUAUCUCAGGGUCUGGAUGACCAGGCCCCUCCCUUGCCUGACGGUCUGGAUCCGCCACUAAAGUUUAAGUGUUCACUGGGCACAAUGGCAACAGCUCUCAAAACGUCGGUGAACUAUCUCACUUGAAUCAAUGUUCUGCACUCGUGAGAAUUCAACACAAAACAUCGCAGCUGCUUGAAAUAAUGUCUGCUGUAGAUUCAGAGGCAGAAUAAAUGAAAAAUAUUUUAUUUGUUGGUAAAUUAUUAACAAACCCCAGUCCAACCUCCAUUCAGGGGACACUUGCCUUAGUCCCAUGGGAGUCCCCUGAAUAGAGGUUCCACUGUAGAGAGUCAAAUAAAGGUAGUAAAGAAAGGCGGGGCCCAACGCUAGGUGUCCAUUUUACCAAGGUGUCUGGGAUCAUUUUAUGUUUCUGUAAAGCUGCCCACCUACCCCUCCCCUAAACCAAUAUUAACACUUAGUUCUUACUUAGGGCAAAAUGUUGGCUUAGGUGGGCAGGUUCACAGAAACGUAAAAUGAUCCAGUGUCUGUUGAGAGAGAGUCAACUGUAAUGUAACAGCAUCACUUAAUGAUGCAGUCAUUACAGCUUUAGGUUUUUAUAAGCCCCUGGUUGGUGGCCUGGCGAAGGUUUCAGCCUGUGACCUCACUCUGAGUGGAAAAAAAACCCCAGAUACCUAAAGGAAAAUAAUUGGAGAUUCUAAGGGGUGUGGGCGGGCAAAAAGGGGUGGGGGGGGGGGGGGGGAGAUGGUUAGGGGUGGAGAAUUUACAGCAAGAAAUUUUUUGAGGAAGGUUAACUGUGGAUAGCCUCUGCUUUUAGAGUUUAAUAUCAGGGUUCGAACCGAGUCUUGAAUUCUUGAAAAAGUCUUGAAAUUUGCCCAACAAUUUUCCAGACCUGGAAAAAGUCUGGAAAAAUGGUAAAAGGUUUUGCGUGUUUCUUUUUGCAAAGCCACAAAAUUGUGCUUGAUAAGUGAAAUUUGUUUUGUUUUAUUCAGACCUUAUUCGAUCUCACCCUUACGUUUGCAGUGCACCUUGAAAAAACUUUGUUCCUGCGUUUUUUAAGGUCUGUAUUGAUCACCUAUUUGAUAACCUUGAGUCUGGAAAAAGAAAUUAUUAUUUUGGAAAAAAAGUCGGGAUAAAGUUUUAAAUUUUGGAUCCAAAAAUGGACAGGUAAUAAUAUACAGCAUCCUAGUUCUUUAAUACAUGUAGCCUCCUAACUAACUAUAUCCUUCAACUCAAGUUUAUUUAAGCAAUGGAUCACACUUUCUAUGGGUUUACCAGCAUGAUAACCCAUGCAGGAUGUUGGGAGAGCACUAGAAAAGCUUGUAAGUCAUGAUCCGAAGGUGAGUGAUUUGCAAGCUUUUCUAGUGUUCUCUCAACAUGUUAAUUGGGUUAUCACACUACUGGUAAACCCAUGGAAAGUGUGAUCUAUAUGCUGUUAUAAAAUAACUUUAAGUUUUCUAUGAGUUUACAAUAAACAUAAAACGACACAAUAAACACGGCACAAUAAACCAUAGGUUUUUAACCAAUCAGAAUGCGCAUGCUAAUCUUAGUUAUUUUAUAACAAUUAGUGUUAGCACUUAAUUACCUAACAUAUAACAUGAGUAUUUCUCAUCAAAUUGGCUCUGCGUAGCCCGGCCAGUUUUAUGUUUAGUUGUGUGUGCUAGUUGUCAAGAAAGGAUAAUUGUUUAGAACGCAAUAAAUUAUUUUAUAUUUUACAUGAUUUUAGGUUUAACUAAAAUCGAAGUCUAUAUUGGUCUCAAACAUUCCAAACAUUAAAUAAAUAAAAAUAGAGCAGCAAGACCUGUAUAUUUUCAUUAGAAACAAGUUUAGUUUGACUUACUAAUUGCAUUUCAUUUUUAAUAUAAAGGUAAAACUCAUCAUUGCUUUAACCUUUUAACAAUUAUUCCCAUUUCAACUAAGAUGUAUCUCUGAUGGAAUUUUGUUGUGGACAUUGUAAAGAUGAGUAAAUUCAUUUAAUCAAUUUUCUUUUUUGAAUGUGUUUAAUUAUUUACAGCUAUUAAGAAUUGAGUAGUUUUUCUAAAACUGUUGAAUUGAAAAUCAUAAAUAAUAAAUUUGUUUGAAAGGAUAAGUCUGGAUUGAAAUGAAAUGUCAACUUUACUGCGAGCUAUUUUUUGCUACAUCUUACUGAAAUAUGGCUCUGUUCGAACAUUUUGGUUGUAUUUUUUGUAUUAUGUCUGUCUCUUUAAUCCUUUGACAUUUGUCAGGUACUGUUUUUGCAAUAUCUAAAUUCUCUACCCAAUUCUAUUUAUUUAGAUUCGAUUUUGUAUUUUGUGGUCUUACAUAGUCAUAUACUACAGCACAAUAAUAUGAUUUUCCUCAUUUAAAAUCCUUGUUAUUUCAAAGCUUUCAUAAAUUGCAUUUGAAUAUGCAGUUUAUUCAUUUUAUUCAGAGGGUUUUUAUUACUUUUUCUUGACAGCUGCUUACUCUUUAUAUUCUUUAGAUUUAUUAUACCACAAAAUAAAAAUUUGUGUGAGGGGUAUAUUCACAACUACCAGUGCCUCUCUCUAAGACCUGGCAUUUUUUAGCAGGGCCCAGCAUUUAACUGGGAAAAAUUGUGUGGACUGGUAGAGUUGUGUAAUAUUAUUAUUGGUAUGACAAAAUUGAUUACGUUUUAUCCUAAUGCCAAGAAGGUUUCAUUUCGCAUAUAGUAAUACCACAGGAGUAACAUACAUAACAUAUUUAAGUGACGAAUAAUCUCACCAUAAUGUAGUCUAGUAGUGAAAGGGGUAAAUUUGGCACUUUGAUUAUUGUGCACAGCCUUAUACUAUCAGGAAUCGUACCUUCACUGGAGACCAUUUCGAGUUACUGAUUAAGUGAAAAUUGGUUAUUAUCACCCUUCAAUUGUUGACUAUUUAUUCAAUGUGUACAGUAUUUGCUUAACUUCUCACUUUUGGGAUUUUUACACAAAGCUUAAAUUGUGUCUUUAUUGCCAGAGCUGUACUCUAAGAUAAAUUGAAGGGAGCCCAGUGCUCUGAGCCUGUGAAACCUAGCAUCUGAUUUUAUAUGCAAGCACUUGUCCCCCAAGUGCAAAAGUACAGUGAUAGGGACCAAUAGGGUUGUAACUGGUAAGGUCUCUUGUCUUAAGCAGGGCAGUGAAAUUAACUGAUCCUUUUUUUGGCCUUUUUUUUUCAGAAUUCCAAGCACGACUUUCCAAAAUAAGUGUUUUUCUCGAGAGCACACUGCCUAAGGAAUCACUGAGUGCUGAAGCAGAUGAACAAAGGAAAGAAUGCAUAACAGUUGUCGAAGGAAUGAAUAGUUCUUUGAACAAUAUGAGAAAUAACAACUUAAAGGAAGGAAAGCUUCUAAAUGCUGGACUGUCAGUGUCUAAUCAGUCACUGAAUGACACAAGUGACUUUAAAAAUGGUGUUAGAGAAGAAGGAAUCCAACGGAGUGGUUCUCUUCCAGAAAUUAAUCAAUCAGAUAAUUUAGAAGAGUGGCAAGCAACUAGAACUACAAAGGUAUGUGGUUAUCUUAUUAAUCCUUAGUUUUGAAGUUAUACGUAUGUGUUGUAGUUAAUUUUUUCUCUUAGGUUAAUUGUCUCUUUUUUUGUUUUUGGGUAUGGUACUGUAUGCUAAUAAAGUUGAAACAAAGGAAAAAUAAAAAUUACCUGAGAUAAAAAAUUAGCUACAACAUAUACAAGAGACUUGCUUCUUACAAAUGGGCUUCUUGAUUUCUCCGGCCUUUUGGAAAUAAUAACAAGAAAAGAUGAAAAGCUAUUUAAUAAUGUUAUGUAUGUGUGUUUGGUUGAAAACCAUUGCAUACAAAUUCAGCUGCCUUAAUCAAUGAAGCCAGUUAAAAAUUGCAAUACUAUAAGAAUUGAAUUUUAUGGGUUUAAUAAGUCUUUUUUAAAGAUUUAGUGUAUCACCAUAUAUUGUUGCGAAUGAAAUUAAAGUAGAUGGUAAAUAAGGUUCAGAAAAAUUAAAGUUGUUUAAUUUAAUGGACAAUAACAUGCCUUUCUAUUUUAAAUAUGUUUUAUAAUGAGUGAAAACCUUCUAAAUGUCUCCUGAGGUUGUGUAGUUCUGAUUUAAAGCAACAGGAAUAAUCAUUUUUUUUUUUGCAGGGGGGGGGGGGGGGAAAAGGGGGAAAUUUUCCCUUCACAGAUUUUUGGGGCCGGGAAAAUUUUGGAAGGUUUUUGGGUUUGAAAUGGAAUUUUUUGGGGUUUUUUUCAAAACAUUUUAGGUGUUGGGGUUUGUGCCCCGCGAUAACUCCCCGAGCUCGCUAUUUGUCCUUUCAAUGUAAUUUUUUGCAAUCAUUUUUAUGAAAUAUGGCUCUGUUCGAACAUUUUGGUUGUAUUUUUUGUAUUAUGUCUGUCUCUUUAAUCCUUUGACAUUUGUCAGGUACUGUUUUUGCAAUAUCUAAAUUCUCUACCCAAUUCUAUUUAUUUAGAUUUGAUUUUGUAUUUUGUGGUCUUACAUAGUCAUAUACUACAGCACAAUAAUAUGAUUUUCCUCAUUUAAUAUCCUCUUUAUUUCAAAACUUUCAUAAAUUGCAUUUGAAUAUGCAGUUUAUUCAUUUUAUUCAGAGGGUUUUUAUUACUUUUUCUUGACAGCUGCUUACUCUUUAUAUUCUUUAGAUUUAUUAUACCACAAAAGAAAAAUUUGUGUGAGGGGUAUAUUUACAACUACCGGUGCCUCUCUCUAAGACCUGGAAUUUUUUAUCAGGGCCCAGCAUUUAACUGGGAAAAAUUGUGUGGACUGGCAGAGUUGUGUAAUAUUAUUAUUGGUAUGACAAAAUUGAUUACAUUUUAUCCUGAUGCCAAGAAGGUUUCAUUUCGCAUAUAGUAAUACCACAGGAGUAACAUACAUAAUAUAUUUAAGCGACAAAUAAUCCGCUAUAAUGUAGUCUAGGAGUGAAAGUGGUAAAUUUGGCACUUUGAUUAUUGUGCACAGCCUUAUACUAUCAGGAAUUGUACCUUCACUGGAGACCAUUUCGAGUUACUGAUUCAGUUGUUGACUAUUUAUUGAAUGUGUACUGUAUUUGCUUAACUUCUCACUUUUGGGAUUUUUACACAAAGCUUAAAUUUCAUCUUUGUUACCAAAGCUGUGCUCUAAGAUAAAUUGUGGGGAGCCCUGUGCUCUGAGCCUGUGAAACCUAGCUAGCAUUUGAUUUUCUAAAUAUGCAAAAACUUGUCCCCCAAGUGCAAAAGUACAGUGAUAGGGGCCAAUAGGUGCUGCUUGAGCAAAGCCUGCAUUCCUUCGGUGGAGGAGUGGGGGGGGGGGGGUACUCCAUUAUCCGUACUCUGUGAGUGUUGCUGAAAAGGGUAUGGUUUUCAGAGUCUUGAGCCAAACAAUGUGUACAUGUCCAGUCUUACUGUUUAGCGUUUUGAAUAGAGUUUCGUUUUGGACUGAAGCCUUCCAAAUAGUGUGAAGUUUGGCAAUGAGCGGUCUAAAUUUGUGGCAUCAAUAUUAUUGUUUUCCAAGAAAUCUAAUUCCAUUAUUUUAGUUUCAAAAAUUGCUUAUAUUAAAAUAAUUUAUUUUCUGACUGUAUGUAAAAUGAAAUGAAUCAGGGUUGUAAGAUAAGGUCUCUUGUCUUAAACAGGGUAGCAAAAUUCACUGAUCCUUUUUUGGCCUUUUUUUUCAGAAUUCCAAGCACGACUUUCCAAAAUAAGUGUUUUUCUUGAGAGCACACUGCCUAAGGAAUCACUGAGUGCUGAAGCAGAUGAACAAAGGAAAGAAUGUAUAACAGUUGUCGAAGGAAUGAAUAGUUCUUUGAACAAUAUGAGAAAUAACAACUUAAAGGAAGGAAAACUGCUAAAUGCUGGACUGUCAGUGUCUAAUCAGUCACUGAAUGACACAAGUGACUUUGAAAAUGGUGUUAGAGAAGAAGGAAUCCAACGGAGUGGUUCUCUUCCAGAAAUUAAUCAAUCAGAUAAUUUAGAAGAUUGGCAAGCAACUAGAACUACAAAGGUAUGUGGUUAUCUUAUUAAUUCUUGGUUUUGAAGUUAUAUGUAUGAGUUGUAGUUAAUUUUUUUCUCUCAGGUUAUUUUUCUCUUUUUUUUGUAUUUGGGUAUAGUAAUGUAUGCUAAUGAAGUUGAAACAAAGGAAAAAUAAAAAUUACCUGAGAUAAAAAAGAGACUUGCUUCUUACAGAUGGGCUUCUUGAUUUCUCCGGCCUGUUGGAAAUGAUAACAAGAAAAGAUGAAAAGCAAUUUAAUAAUGUUAUGUAUGUGUGUUUGGUUGAAAACCAUGGCAUGCAAAUUCAGCUGCCUUAAUUGGCGAAGCCAGUUAAACAUUUGCAAUGCUAUUAAGAAUUAAAUUGUAUGGAUUUAAGAAGCCUUUUUUAAAGAUUAAGUUUAUCACCGUAUAUUGUUACGAAUGAAAUUAAAGUAAGUGGUAAAUAAGGUUCACCAAAAAUAAAGUUUUUUAAUUUAAUGGACAAUAACAUGCCUUUCUAUUUUAAAUAAUUUUUAUAAUGAGUGAAAUUAGCUUCUGAAUGUCUCCUGAGGUGAUGUACUUCUGAUUUAAAGAUAUGGGAAUAAUCAAAGUUUUUUGGGGGGUUGGGUGGGGGGUAAACUUUCCAUUCUAAGAUUUCUAGGGUCAGGAAAAUUUGCAAGUGUUUUUGAUUUAAGUAGGAAUUUUUUGGGAUGUUAUUCAAAACAUUUUAAGGAUUUGAGUUAGUGCCCAGUGAUAACUAUCCCAGCUGCAUAGUUGUACUUGUAACGUACAUUUUUGCAAACUUGUUUUGUUGUUAUUUUCUGAUAUUAAAUGCAUUGCAAUUGCAUUCAUCCAACGAGGAUUCAAUUUGCUUAGUUGAUUAAUUCAUUCAUCACUGCCAAGAUUUACUGUCACAGGAAUUUCCUUUGCCGUAAGUGUAUUCUUCAGUCUCGGAAAUUGGUAUGUAAAUUUUGGGGGGCUAAUUUUUGGGCCAGGGAUUUUUUGUUUCAAUUUUUCUCCCUUUAGAUCAUCCCUGUGACUUUAAAUCCAGUAUACCCCUCUUAGGAGCUCCAACUGCAGCUAGUCAUUUUGAUUUUAAGAGGAAAUUGAACAAAUUUAAACUGCAUCCUCAACUACCAUACACAUGUGUUGUUAUCCUUGUAUAAAUAAUUAAAUCAAUUUAUUAAAAUCACUGUUCUUCCUAUGUUAUAUUUCUAACCUAACAGGCCUCCUAUCUCUAUAAUAAACAUGGUAACCUGGAUGAAGAAUUAAACUUAAAAGACCUGCGUGAAUUGGUCAUUUAUCAUCCUUUUGACGAAGAUGAGGAGUCGGACAGUACAGAUGAUGAUAAUCCCAAUAAUUUAGCCCUAAAUAGCUCAAAUCAACUAAACAACUCUAACCGUUCUCCAGUAAACAAACGAAAGAGUCGUAAACGUGACAGUGCAGCCCUGUUUGAUAUUUCACUUGAGGACUUAUGUGAGCCAGACUUUGCGGGUUACCUAAGAGAGAAACACAGUGAAAAGCUUUGGUGGUGUGUUCUAAUUGAUCAACAUCUGUGUAUAUUUCCUUCUCGAGAUCCAGACGAAGUGGCAUAUGAUGUUAUCAUAAUGCCGUGUUGUCAGAUCUUGCUGGACGACAGACUUAUGCGCACCCCCGUGUUUAGGUUAACCCAAUCUGAUAUGGCACCUUGGGUUUUUGUUGCCUCAAACAAUGAUGAACUAAAAGAGUGGAUGAAAGUUCUUACUGUGGCAGCAUCUGCUGGUAAAGAGUCUUCCACUCAGACUACAAAGUCUGAGGAAAAAACACCUGUUUGUCAUAAAGCUCCUGCAAUGCAAGCGAUAGUAGAGGAGGAAGAAGAAGAAAGUGAAGAGCAACUGAUUUCUUGUUCAUUACAAUCAGAUGCUAAACAUGCUUCAACUCAGCUUCAAAAUAACUCUUCUGGGUUAAACAAGGUAAAGUUUCUAAACUGCCAUAAAGCUAAAAAAAUGCUUAAAUUCAGUAAAGCUCAAAAUUAAAAAUUCCGAGAACUUAUUAAAAUCAGGUGAUUUCUAAGAGUUAAAUAAUAAAAAUGUGAAAUGAUAUUUAAUAUUUAACGCUUAAAAACCAUUUGAUUUUUGUUCUUGCUAAACAAGAAAUUAACAUGACGUAUAAAUAAAAUGAAGCCACUAAACUCUCUCUAAAGGGGAUACAACUACAUUAAACUAGAAGACCGGCACCACCAAAAAACCGACUUGUAGAGUUGGUACCUGCCAGGCUUCAAUCAUUUUUCUUAAACUCUCUUGCCUUAUAAAGUAAAGGAGCUGGAUUGGAAACCGCUGCCAAAUUGAGUGAAACAGAAUUAAGAAUAACUGUUCAAAACAUUAUUUACAUGUAUGUAACACAACUGAUGCCAAAAAAGGUAGGGAUGGAUAAACUGGGAGAAGAUUCAAAUGGAUUGCAAGUGUUGUUUUUCAAAACUUGCUAGCUUAACAGUUCUUCAAAGUUAUUUUGUGUUGCUUUUAACAGUCAUUUUAAUGCUAAAAUGGUUAGGAGGGAAUGUUGUUUGGGUUGAGGCUGUGAUUUUGUGGUGCAUAAGUGACUUCUUGAUGACAUUAAGUUCUAAAGUGAAUAAAGAUUUGUAAUUGGCAAUAUUAACAAACUGAAAUAGACAGUUGUGACACAGUGCCUUUAAAGAUGGACACUUAAUACAGUGUUCUCCUUAUCAGGAAACCGGUAAAAUUUACUGCUUGCAGCAACACUUAAUACCACCUGCAACCGCUUACGGGGUCCUUGAAAUUAUACAAGUUGUUUUAAAAUAUACACAAGUUACAAUCUUCUUUCUUGUAUGGGCCACGCGUUAUGGAAAGAGAGCAUUUUAAGAUAGGAUAAAAUUAUUGAAAUCACACAUUUAAAAGUGUUGUCUAAAGAUUUAAACUAUCAGUUUGAAGGGAAAAAGGCAUACUGCCAACUUCAUAUAAUAAGAGAUCUUUAAUUAAGCCCAGUGUGGCUCUUUGAAAAUUAAGUUUUAAAUUUUUUUAAAGUUUUUAACCUCAGAUCAAAAGGCAGAUAACUUACAACAGCAGAUUACCCCAAAAUAGGUCUUAAAAUAACAGAAUAUGAUAUUGAUGUUUCAGAGAACUUAGCUAUAAAAAAUUUCCCAGUGAGGGCGGGUCCAUAUGACCCUCAUCCCACUUCCUUCCCGGGAAAGUGCACCCCUGGUGUAUAUUUUUAGCCUUACUUGUCAGGAAUGGUCUCUUACCUGCUGAGCUAAAAUUUAGGGAGAACACUGCACUUAGUUCCUGCUCCAGAGUGUCUGUCUUACUGUGACAGUUCACUUUAGCAAAAGAUAAUAACGUUUUUCUUGUGUCUACUUUAAUUUAUGGUGUUAAUAUAUGCUAAAUGAAUUUCGAGGUCCUUCUAUAAUAAUUAUUAUACUAUGCUUAUAUUUGAACCAUUAGUUGCAACAAUAUUAGAUAUAAUUAUCACAGUGACCUCACCGUCAUUGCAGCAUAUGACCAAUUCAUUGUUUUUUUUACCAAAUUUAUAUUUUAAUGAUAUUUGAGGAAUGAAUUGAUAAAAAAAAGCAAAAAAGUAUAAUUUAAAUGAAAUGAAAAAGUUGAUACAUUGUGGUUAACAUUUAAAAGAUAUAUUAUGGUUUUCUAUUUAAAAGAGUUUUGUAUUGAUUAGUUUUUUAACUGGUGCCGCAAGUACAAUAAAGCAUCAAAUAUUCAACUUGAAAUAAUUUUACCGUGGCACUUUCAAUAUCUUUCUUGGAUAAAUUAUGUUAUUAAAAUUACAUCUAUUGUAAUAAGCUACAUGAGGCCAGAAAAAUAGGUUGUUUACACAGGAGGUGAGGAUUAAGCUAGGUCUCUGUUUUAUUGGACUUGGCAAUCUACAUGAAACUUACGUAAAAGAUAAAAUAAGAAAAUAGUGUCAAAUUUGUAAAAAAAUGUUCAAAAUCAGUUACCAUCUAUCUGCUUGAAUAUCUCUUUUAAAAUAUGCACCUGUAUUUAAAAGUUUCUACUGGCAGUUAAUGGCCAUUAUUGAUAAUCACUUCACUGUAUUUUCAGCUAAAAGUCUUUAGCGCUCCCUUUUUACAUGUAACAAGGAAGUCUUGAAAUAGGAUGAAACAGGGCUUUGCGAAUUUAUUAUUUAAUAUGGAACAUGUAUAGGUUUGACAAUAACUGAGUACUGGUAAUAUAAAAUUGAUAUAGUUGAAGAAGUUCUCGUCUUUUCUAGUUGUUCCUGCAGACUCAAUAUACUCUUGGCAUUAAUGGAACUUUUAUAAAAUUCAUGAUAAAAAUAAAAAAAUUAAGUGGUAAUUAAAAUUAUUGCUUUCUAAAUCUGCAACUGCAAGAAAAAAAUUAAAGUUUUGUUGUUCAUUUAACAGGAUAUGAAACAUUAUUCCUAUAACUUUGUCGCCUUAGCGAUCAAUGUUUGGUAUUUCCUAAACAAGAGUUACAAUAUUGAAGUGACUCACGUACCGCAACCUAAUGAAUUGCUUUAAUGCAAACCCACAAUCAACCACUGGCUCGUGCUGUGAUGGCUGUAUUGCUUGAGUAGCCAAUUUUUAUCGUAAGAGUGUCUCUAUGCGUCUAGCCAUUUGUCUGGUGUGUUCUAAGUGAACAUGUAAACCACACUUGAUUGGCUUUCACAUUUGUUAUAUUUGCUAGGGAUAGUGGUUCAUUGUAAAAUGUUGUGCCCAAAAAUAUCCAUAUUUACCCCACAGGGAGGAAGACUCUACUGGACAUUCUAGGGGGGAGGCAGUAGUAAAGACCAAAAUUUCAGGAGAAAAGUCAUAUAAAGUUCUGGAAUUUCCAUAGAUGAAGGGGGAGGGGGGGUGGUGGAGGUUCGAAAAUAAAAAACCCUGUAUGGUGGGAAGGGGGGAGUAUGGAUUUAUUCCAGAAUAACACAGCAAAAAGGGGGCCAAUGAUUCCCAGGAAAUUGUGUCAGAAAAUUUUAAACCUGAUCUGAAAAUUUUGUGAGUGAAUUUGAUGAAACUUUAAGUUUCUGAUUUUUAAACCAGGGUCUCAAUGCCUCAGCAAGUCUCAGAUUCUUAGAAUUUCUGCCCCUUAAUAAGCAUCCUUAGUGAAGAGAAGUUUGUGUUUUCUGUAAUAUGACUUAAUAUUGUAUUAUUGCUGUGUGCAAUGCUGUACUUUGUAAGUGCAUUAUGCCUUUCGUCUGUGGUGACAAACAUCUAAAUUCUCCUCACAAUAUCCCUAGUUUAAUCAAGCACAAACAUUAUGAGAAUACAGGAGUUGAUACAUGUCUUGCUUUGAAACAAUUUCUUGUCUUUACUAGCACAUGAUAUUUAAACAAAGCAUUGUAGAGUAUACUUAUUUUGAUAUUGAAUUUUUCUCUUAAGAGUUAACUGAAGCUUGCGGCAAGGUUGUAGUUUUAAAGGCACCGCAGAUCUUUGAUAUUUUGAUGUUGCCAUGAGAUGUUAUGAUAGCACUAAUAUCACCAAGCUUCCUGCUUUAAUUUGACAACACAAUAUUGGUACUCCAGUAAUUACUGCCAUAUUAAAGCAAGCAUGUGCAUGGAAGAGAAAAAAGUUUAUGUUUGGUGGAAAAAGGCCUACUGCUGUUGUAUUGUAAGCCAUGUAACUGUAAGAUAACCAAAUUUGAACUAAGUUAUAGGCUACAAUCUAGUCACCAUGUUUCAAAAGUUUAUUUGUUAUUGUCAUUUGUCAAAUGCUACACAAAGCCUGUAUCUACUUGUCUUGCAAAUUAUGAAAAGUGUGGUCAGCUCUUGAAAGUUAUAGGUGUAACAACAAGCCACUGUUAAACAAUUACUGAAAUGUCUCUUUUUGCAUUAUAGUAAUAACCUGUUUGAAUGUGUUGAUUACAGAUUUAGAGCCUUGAAAUUCAUCCUCUUCAACUUGCAUGUCGUUUGCCUUUAGAUGCAAUAUCUAAUGCAAAGCGAAAUUAUUUAACAACAAUUAAUUGGAUUAUUUUACUAAAAGCAAAAUUUUGGGGACCUAAUGAGGAUAGUCCUUUUAUUACAACAACAGUCAACUAUUUUAUGUGGUAACGUUCAGCUUAAAAUAAUUCUCUUGAGAAAUUUUGGCUAUGAGAAGGAUGAGCAAAUACUUAAAAAAGGUGAUGAUUAUUUGAAAUAUUAGUUGUCACCAAUGCUUGAAUGUUAAUAUUGCUUGUUUUUGUUUCUAGAGUGAGGAAAGUGUUGCUGUAAGUUAUGUCAACGGAGAACCUUUAGAAAAUGGCUAUCCAAACAAAGAGCUACCCAAACUUCCCAAUCAUGAAUUUGGUGAAUUGCCAAAAAUACCAGAUGAGGUUGAUGGUGGUGGACAGUUUGGGGAAGAUGUGUAUGAGGCAGUGGCGGAAUUGCAAUUAAAAAAUCAGACUGGUCUCAGCGAAUAUGAGCACCAGGAUGAUGGUUUUGCUACUGAUGAGUUUGACUCUGGCUCAUCAGAUGGCGAAGUUUCACCAAACCCACAAGCACAGCCAGUGCAACAGAAAGGCAAAAAGAAGAAACAGUUUUUUCACUGGCUUAAGAAGAAGGGAAAGAAGGACAAACUGUUCUCGAGUCCCCAAGAUGGAGUUUCUUUGGCUGGGUAUGCUCACAAGGGAAAUGAUAGUGCCAAACGGUGGUUCUUGAUCAGGGAAGAAAAACUUUACUGUUAUAAGACAAUCAAAGACGAUGACCCUGAAAUGACAGUGGAUUUAAAAGGAAGCGAGAUCAGAGCAGGCGAGGAGGAGAAAAGCAAGCUUGCUGUUCAGGUGAUGAGAGAUGGGGUGAGUCAGUUCACUCUGGUGGCUAAGAACGCCAAAGAUUGGGAACGCUGGAAAAAAGCAUUACUCAUUGAAUCAGGGUUCAUUAAGCUUGCCACCUCUCCCACAGAGUCAAGUUCAGGGGUGUUUGAACAAGAGGAUGAAGAUGACUAUGUGUGUCCUGUAAUUUCUCCUGAGUUACAGAAGAAGUUUUCAACAUCAACAGAAAAGCCUGUGAUAGCAGUUCAGACAGUGGAUUCAGUAAAAAGUGCAAACUCUUCAAAAGACAAUGAUGGCUACACGGAAGUUGGGUCAACAGUUCAUGUGGCAAAUCACAAGCCAUCGUCUCCGUCUGCUAGUCAUCAAGAACUGGGACCACUUCCUCCGUUACCGCCCGAGCUACCGGCCAGUUGGAGAGCAUUAAAUGAGGAGGACAAGAAAGACAAAAGCGACGCUGCUGAAAAGUCAUGGGCAGAUGAAGAGAUUUAUGAAGAAGUGGCUAGCUCAGUGGCUCAUGCUGACAAAGUAAUCAAAUGGGAUGGAGUGAAUACUGCUAAACCCGAGGGAAGUCCUACCAGUCCCACCAGCCCUAUGACCCCUACAAGUCCAGCUGGGGGUGGUCAGAUCAAGCCAGGGGAUAAAGCAAGCAAAGGUCAGUGUUAGUAAUUAUGUACUGGCAAGGGUGCACUCUAAGGGACUGUCCACAUUUGGUGCAUGCGAACCAGUGCCUGGGUAUUAGCACAAAAUGGUUGAUAAGGUUUAAAAAGGUUUAAAGGCUUGUUUAUGGUGGAAAGUGCACUUAGCUUAUCCAGCUAGUUUACAGGCACUCCAAUAAAAUACUUAGAAACAAAUAUUUCAAAUACAACAUAACAGGAUUAAAAACCCCAACUGGCAAUUAAGAGGCAACCAGUUAGUUGUUACAAGCGUGGCUGAGGAUUUAAACUUGGGACGACCGAGAACAAAUCCAGCAAGUCGCCAGAACAGGACUCGAACCUAGGACUGCCGGAUUGCGAGUCCGACGCACUGGCCACUCAGCCAAGCUUCCUCCUGCAUAAGUGUUGUGUUCACACCUUCAGGACCUUAUGUGUAACUGCAUACAUGGUUACUCCAUUUUGCCCUGUCAGACGCCAUUUUGCAGCGAGCCUAGCAGCGAGUACAAAGCAGUGGGCUGCCCCAGAGCUUACAAAAGGGGACCCGUUUCUAGCAUGGGUACUUAAAAAAGGAUGUGUUCACAUUAUUGCCUAGCAGAUACUGCCCUUGGGCACCAAUUGUGAACACUACCUAAGAAAAAUUGGAGGGAGCCCUGUACUCUAAACCUGUAAAAUGCAUGGUGCCCAGCAUAGGAAAUCUAGUGUUUUAAAGUGAUAUAGCUUAUUCAGGUUGCUUUGGGCAUUGGUAAUUGGGCACUGGGAAUCUAUUGUUUUGUAUUGACUCAAGUAAACUAUUGCACUGUUCUGUAUGUCCAAGUAGCCAAUGCCCAAUUGCCAAAACAAACUUUAUUGAGUUAGGUAUAUAAAGUUAAUACAUGAUGAUAUAGCUCCUUUGAGAAUAUUUAUAUUAAUUUGUUUUCAUUCUUCUUAGUUUGUGAGUUCAUGCUUUUGUAAAAAACACUCAAUGGAAGAUAUAAUUAUCUGUUGGUUUUCAGCCACCAUAUUGGCCCCUCUCAGAGAGACGCCAACAUGGCAUCCCCAUACAAAUACAUUAGAAGGUUUACGAAAUGGUUACCUCUCAAAAAUGGUAUAUUUUAAAAAAGGGAAGGGGUUGUACCUCAGGACAGAACCUCCCCACAUAAAACUUUGGGCAAUUGAUGUUUCAGGGUAAUUGACCACGAAAACCCCGUAAUCACCCUAGCCUGCAUCACAGACACUUUAGGCCUUCUGUAUAGACAGACUAUACUAAUUCUAGACGAUGUGUGGGCCGACUAUCCCCCCCCCGCCCCUCCCCGCCAAGUCAACAUUAACACUUACUUCCCACUUAAGGGAGGGGGAGGGGGUGAGUUACCCAGAAACCCAACUGAUCCAAACUUUGUUGAGUGUCACCCCCCCCCCCCCCCCCCCCCCCCGCCCCCCCUCACCACCACCUCCCACCCCCCCCCCCCACACACUACAACUAACACUUUAGGCCUUCUGUAUAGACAGACUAGACUAAUUCUAGACGAUGUGUGGGCCGACUAUCCCCCCCCCGCCCCCCCCCGCCAAGUCAACAUUAACACUUACUUCUCCCUUAAGGGAGGGGGAGGUGGUGAGUUACCCAGAAACCCAAUUGAUCCAAACUUUGUUGAGUGUCACCCCCCCCCCCCCGCCCCCUUGUGGCCCCCAUGCACAAAACGUGCCACCCCUCAGUUUAACUUACAGUAUAUUCUGUUACUCAGGCUCUAAACUGACCAAAGGAAUUCUCAAACUGGCCGAUACUCUCACCAAAACGGCAAAAGGCAAGUCGUCAACUGAGAGGCAAGCAACAUCACUCACCUCAACUACAGAAAUCCUCAAUGAGACAGACAACAGCACUGCCAACGGGUCAGCAGAAAGAAACUCUUCUACUGACGGUCAAGUUAGUUACGUUGACCGACCAUCGUCGAUAACUGACAAUCUGUUGAAUAAAGACGACGAGAAUAAGAAAGACGAGUUGGAGGUUGGUGUGGAGAAUGAAGGAGCGGUGAGUGAUGAUGGAAACCAGGACGGUGGUUAUCUUGUCCUCAGAGAAGCUACUGUUGAGGAAAAAGAAGUUGAAUUAAAAGUGCAACAGAAGAUAGAGGCGCUUAAGAAAGGAGAGGAACCGGUGAGUUAUUGUUAUUAUUGUUAUUGCAGUUGUCUUAUCUUUUCAUGCGAAAUUAUAAGGGUGUCCACGAAAAAAUGAUUGCUUCUCUUGUCGCGGUUUGCCUGCGAGGAUUCAAACCCUUGCUUGCCUUGAGCCACUGGGUUAGUAUUCCUUGUUGUCUUAAUCGUUACGUUGCAGUGGAAGCGAAUAAAUUAAAGGUUAAGAUUGGGGAUUUUUUACCUGUGCUUAGUACGCCGACCUGUUUCAAAGUAGUCUGUGGGCGGCCAUUUUGACAGAGACGAACACUACGAGGACUGGGGCCGACAUUCCUAUGGUAAUAGUUCGGAAAAGUUCGGAACCGAAGUUCUGAAUUGAUGUUUUACCUUCGGCCAGCGAUCGGAAAUCUGCAUAAAGCGAUCGACAAAAGAGUGCUAAAAUUGAUUUAAAUAGUAAAACGAUGCAUCUAUUUUGCUUGUAACGAAAAAGUAUACUGAUCAGCAGGGAAAAAACAACUUGUUUUGUUGUGGUAUAGCUGUAAAUUCAUUCGGUUAGUACAGUGAAGGCAUAGGUGAUAAUUUCCUUACUGUGUAUUAAGGGAAGAUAAAAGAUGAUAAAAGUGUUAAUUGGUGUUAAUGUAUGGAAUUGCGGUCAUGAUUUUAUUUCAAUGGUAUUGAUUAAUUUUUAAGCACAUGCUUCCAAAGGGGCUUGAGAUGCGCUUAAGCGUAGAAAGAAAAACGUGCAAAAUAUUACAAAAUUUCCCAUGGCUACUUGUAUCUCUGUAACCUAUCAUGGCCGUUACAUUAUUGUAAGUGAGCAACCAAGAAGAGAGAUUUGAACGUGUAUAUAUUUAAUUUUAACUUUGUUUUUCCUCCUUGCAUUUUUAGAUUGGAAAGAAAGAAGUAUCACAAGGGAUUUUAGCCAAGAAAAGUUUGUAUGAAAACAACAACCAAAUGGCGGAAAAAUCGGGUGUAAAGAAAAGCACCACUUCAAAAACGACGAAAGAGAACGGAUUGAUCGAAAAGAAAGAAGUUGUUGUGGAAACGAAAGACGCUGAAACGAAAAAGGCUGACGUGAAAAACACUGUCGAGAGUCGUAACAGAAAAGGGUCGCAGUCUUACGGUAAGCAAUGCUAUCGUAUUACUCCUCCGAAUUAUGAAUAUUUUUUAUUUUAGUAUUAUAUGAAAAGAAAAAUGGUUAUUUUUUUUCACGGCGGCCAGGUUGGUCGUCAAGAAAGAACAAAGCAUUUCUCUCCUCUGGGAACUAAACUCCAUUUUCAUGUAAAUUCUUCGAUAAAAAAAUCUGUUGUUUUGGCCUCCAACAUGGCCACCUUGUCACGUGGUUGCAAACCAAAAAUAGGCGUAUAUGCAUUAUUCAGUGAUGGAUCUGGGGGUGUAGUUUCUGGAAGUAACGACCCACCCCUACCCCCCAAAAAAUGCUCCCUGAGACAAACGAAUUUUGGAAGUGAAUUUGUCACCACUGAGUAGUAGUCAUACACACAACAGUGUCCACAGUCUCUGGAUCCGCCUCUGUUAUCUGAGGAAAUUUUCUAUAAAAUUUGAUCUUUCGUUUUCUUUAAUUAAGUGUAGAGAUCACAUUAUGAACAAAACUACACGUAACCCAAAAGAAUGACAGUAGCAUGAAUUUGUGGUUACCCAGUUUUGGCAGUUAGUAUACUGUCUUUCGUUUUGUUUAAAAAGAAGUCGUCAGAUUCUAAUCCUAGAACGUACGUUUGCUAAACCGCGGUUGUUUUUCGAAGUUCGCGCUUUCGCUUCUCGCUGCCAACUUGUAUGUGUUCCAUGAACGGAACCUCCCCACUAACUCUAAAAAGAAAAGUAAGAGUGUACUCGCAGCCUAUGGUAAGCGAAGUUUACGCUGCUGAGCUAUGAUUGACUGAGAGAAAGUGCGCAGUCUUGCUAACCAAUCGGAUGAGAAACCACGCUUUCUUUCCCAGGCUUGGCUUCGAAAUAUACCAUAGUACUCUUUGUAGUGCAAUUUUUGGUGGCCGAUUCAUGUAAACCUGACUGUAACAAUGUCCAUUGGUUUUGGCGCGAAAUGCACGUGCUAUGUCACGAUUUAGUGAUACCCGUAUGUGCUCAUGAUAAAGUUUCUCUGAUCAACUUGUAAGGUAUCCUGCCGAUACAGCCGCCUCGUAUCACUCCCCGCCGUUGGGAAGUUUCGUGAAACGCCCCGGGCGGUGAUGAAUGAUGAGAGGGGGGUUCAUACGCAGGCUAUUUAUAACCUUAAGAAAGAGUUAUUGUUGACCUAUUUGAAGUUAUUUUUGUGCGUUUUUGUUAUAGAUCCAGACAGAGAACGACAGGAGAUGGAAAAAACAGAGAUGAUAUUCCAAGAGUACGCUAAACAGUUGAAAAAGGAUGGAAACUCCAAGGAAAAGAAACCCUCGUUGGUCGCACUGAACAGGCUUAACUUCGAGGACCCGGAAACUGUUCCUAAGACCAAAGAGAGCUUGAGUUAUUCGGCGAAAAGCGAGAGCUUGCAAAAGGAAAAGGAGGAGCUCUUGAAAAAGCUCGACAACCUUAAAAGGAGGGUAUCGGUUGCAAAAGACAGGAAAAUUUUCUUUAACUUGUCGACCAGCAAGUCUAAAGCUACCACAGAUGCGGAUGCCGAAUUUCACGAGUCGCAGUGUGAGUUAGCAAGAACCAAGAAAAGGCUACUGGAAAUUGAGAGCGAAGCAAAGAAUCUGAAAGUGAUGGAGUUGAGGUUUCAGAAGACGGCAGAUAAAAAAGCGCCGGUGAACCCAGCCAAGCCACUUGAUCGGAAGAACAGUAAGGAAUGCAAGCUGGGAUCGGCGGACGGACAUGGCACAAAGGUUGAUUCCAAGGCGAGCUCCAGUCCAGAUAGUGAACGUACGCAUAAAGGAAGUGUGUUGUCACAGAUCAAGGUAAGGAGAAACUGAACUUGAAGUUUAGGAAUAAGAAAAAAGAAACUGGAAAACACAGCUAUGGUGAAUUUUGUUAUAUAGUCGUCUCUCUCUUAACGGACACCUCUAUGAGGCAGGUACCUGGAUAAAAAGGUGACACCUAGAGUUGGUUCCUGCCUGUUUUUACUCCCUUGGAGUAAGAGCAGAGCUAGAGGGUGGCUGGUUGAGGUGGGAGUGGUGGGUGGUGGGUAGGGAUUUCUAAAAUAGCGAGUGAACAAGCUUAAGUUCGCCCUUACAGUUAUAGACCAUGAAGGCCAAAUGCAGGACUAUGGUUGCUGUAUCCUGUAGACUCUGAUAUCAUCAUACAUAUUCUUCACACUGUUUCCAUUGCAUCUUCCCCUCCCCUCCCUUCCCUUCCCUUUCCCUCCCGUCCCUUUCCUAUCCCUGUCAUGUUGACGGCCUUUGAGCUUUUGACCAUAGCUGUAAUGUUAGAAUGAUACAAACAGAGUUGUUUAUAUUGCUGUUUUUGCAGCGCAAAAUUUAUGAUGUCGCUGUUUUGUCCUUCACAAAAAUCUCUCUUUUAAACUUUUAAACUUACAUUUUUUCAGGCUUUUGAACAGAUGAAGAAAACAAGUGAAAAAUAACUGCAAGACUGUUCCUCAUCAUGUAUAAGCUGAUGGACUGAAAAAAGGAAACGUUACUCGCAGAGAAAUACAUUUUACUUCUCUUUUUCUCUUAAAGGAAAGAUCCGGACAAGCCGAAAAUAGCCUGCCGCGCGCGUAAGACUUGGCGCGCGGGCGUAUGGUAUAAAGUACUUCUCUUUACUCUCGAGAGACUCUUUUCCCUUCUUCUUUUUCGGUUGCGUAUUUCCCUUGCUCUUUUAUCUCUAACCAAUGAUUAAGCUCUGUUUUCUGGGAAAUCGCGAGAGUGGAACAUCACCUGCGAGUGGACCGCGAAAGAUUUUGACUCUUCGUCUCGCGCGAAUUUCAUGCGUGGAGUUGUUCCCUUCUUAGCAAGCAGGUGAUACUCUUACGACAAAAAAAUACAAGUACGUAGGCUUAGUACUCUCUUCUCUUCGUCAAACGUUUCCCAAAAUUGGUCUUAGCUUCGCAUCUUUAGAUUUCAUCCUUGGUUGACAUUCCGUCGUUUGAUCUUCUGGUAGGUACUUUAUGUGUAAUGGACAAAAUGUAGGCUAAGAUUUGGUAAACUGCUUCCAGACUGCGUAGAUUCCUGGGUCAUUUAGCAAAAGUAACUUUCUUUCUGUGUUCAGCAACUACAAACAGGGAGUAGAAGAAAAUGACACAAAUUUCUUCGUUAUGAAAAUUCUCAGGUUUUGGUAUUUUUCAAGGUCAGAGUGUUGACGUUCUUGGCAUCGCUCUGUCUUUUUCUUGGGGAAAACUUAAAUCGGGUUAAGAAAUUAACAGCAGAGCAAAGACGUUGUGUUUUAUUUAUAACGUUGCUUUUCAAAGACGAGAUUUCAUUUUUAGUGGCGUUGUUUAAUUUUUAAACAUGCUUUUUCAUGUGUGUGUUCGAAGAAGGAAAAGGCUUUAUACUGAUGUGACGUAAAGGUCUUUUUUAACGUAACUGUUUCAUAUAUACUCGUGUUUUUGUUGUUGUUAAUGUAUGAACUAGCUUAGUUUACGUAGAUGUAAGUUACAAGUAAUUACUUUUGGUUAUCAUUUCUUUAAAAGUUUUGUUAAUGUAUAUAUACUAAGUUGUUUGCAUGGCGAGACUAAACGAUCCCCAAGUACAUUUUUUUGUAUAUAUGAAUCUUAGUUUUGUAUGAGAAAGCUUAGGCUGAGAUUUACAACAGUUGUUAGAACAUACUAAAAUUAUACUCAGGCUGAGAGUCGUUUUCAAAACGUCUUAAUUUUCCUUUUAGUAUUUUCCGUGAGUAUAGCAUAAAUAUAAAAGGUAAAACAAAUGUAAAACUGAAAACGUGUAAAAGGACCAACUCAAAUACUUAGAGAAAUUUUACAAUGUGUUUUUUUAUUACAACUUUAAGAACAUGUUAACGUUUUCAGGCUCAAAUCGCAACGAAGAAAAAAGGAAAUAGGUAAAUAACUGGGAAAAGAAUGCUCAGCCCCAGCCCCAAAAUUAGAUGUUCUUACAUAAAAGAAAGAGUGUGGAAGGUUUGCUUUCUACUGCUGUUAUGUUUUGUAAGUUUUUUUUUCUUUGGGACACUAUUAGGAAUGGCGAGUAGCAUAUACAUGAAAAAAGGUCGGUCUCGGAGAAUUUUAAUCUGUUUGAGGUUAGUCUGCAAUUCUCAGGCCGGAUUAGUGCGUUUCUGUCUUCUCGGGGUUCCCGAACUUUUUCCAGCGAGAUUCGUGGCUUUUAAAUCAGGGUAUUGACGUCUGUAGUUAUUCUCACCCCUAAUGCUGUCUCCAACGUUUUUUUGUUCAUUGUACCUUUAAAACAUGAAAUAUAUAGUAGUAUGUAAAUACGUUAUCAUUAUAAAUUUAGGAGUGAUUUAGCUGCUUCUUUAAAAGAUAUUUAUUCUAGACGGCUAAAAAAUGACAUAUCCGGCAAAAAAGGCACAAUAUUUCUUUAAAAUUUGAUACCAUUUAAGGUUAUAGUCCUUUAUGCGCUAAAUUGUAUUUUUACUUUUGUUUUCUUAAGGCGAUUGACGUUGACGUAACUGUAACAGCUUACAACAAUUUUGUAGUGUAUUUUCUUGUCCAAAUGUAGCACAACAGAAUUCACAUUUUUGCGAGGAAUUAACUGUUCAUUUC